AGAUAUCACAUGUAAUCAGCCUUGAUGACAUUGUUUGGUAUGGAUAUAUAAAAAAACAAGGAAACGUAACAUUUUUAAAAUUCACAAAGAACAGUUCAAACAAGCGCUUUCUGCUACAAACGUAUAAUGGGACCACACCACCAAGGACUACUUCAUCAUUACCAAUAAAAUCUUCAUCGAUUACCACUGCUCAUACAUCCUCCACUUCUUCAGUGAACGAUGGUAUCACGAAUAGAUCAGAACCUUUGCAGUCAAUAUCUGAGACAAGUAUAUCAGAAAGUUCUGACGUCAGUGUCCCUGUCAGCAUUUCAGUUGUUGCUGUAAUCAUUGUGGCAGUUAUUGUUACCAUAAUAACAUUAAAAAGACGAGGGAAAUUCCAAGGAAUAUGCACAAAAGAAUCUGCAAUUGAAAAUUCAUGUAGUAAGAGAAAUGCAGAUAAGAUUCAACGUGAAAACAAUGUUUACAACGAAUCGCCAGUAGAUAAUUACGAUCAAAUUAGUGAAUUUAAGGACAACAAUAAUCUAGACGUAAAACCAGAUCAUGACGUAGACAAUGGUGAAUACGGCCAUACGUACUUCAUCCUGGAGCCUGGUUCGAGAGAAUCUCAUACAGAUGGUAAUAUAUCAGACUCGAGAAUAGAUGGAACAGAAAUGAACGAUGAUUAUAAUACAUUACAUUUAAAUAAAACCUUCGGCACAAAAGCUGAUGACACCUACGACACAACAGAGAAAGCAGCUAUAAAACUGAAAACGUUGCAUGAUACAGGAUGUGAAAAAGAAUCUCCCGAAAAAUUAAACGGAAAUGAGGAAGACACAUAUAAUCACAUCAGCAGAAACCUCUUGAAAAAUAACAAAACAGACAAUAUUUAUGGCAUAACUGACAAUCAAGAAGACGAUUAUGGGAAUGUACACAAUGGUUGUGAUAAGAAUCGUCAUAAUGGAAAUGACACAUACAGUCAUUUAAACACUACUCAUUAACCGAACAAACAUUUGUUUACACUUACUAAACUUAUUUAAAAACAGUAAUGUGAGGCAGUAAUGUUUUCACUGUAAGGCUACUUAACUGAGAAGUUUGUGUUGUAAUUAUUUAAGAGUAAGCCAGUUUAUUGCUUGAGUCUUACGAAUCAUCGCCAGUUUAUAAGGAAACUUAUGUGUGUUAUAUAUCUGAUGACUGAAACGGUUACUAUGCAAACUUUACAAGGUUCAUUCAAAAUCUUCACAAUAUUGUAUUUAUUGAUCAUGUUUAUACAUUCAAAUUAUAAUGCAUAUUUUAAUACUUUUAAUAGCGACAUGUUUUGUUCUUCAUCAUGUGAAAUGCACUAAUGUUCGUAUGUAUAUAUAUCUUGGUAACAUGCUUUUCAUUAACAUAUAAAAUGUAGUUGCAAUAUCAGUUUUCUUUCUCACUUAGUGAAACACUUAAAUUUACUUAUUCUCCAUAUUGCAUUUUAUCAAGGUUUAAAGAGAUUCUUUUGUAGUGAUAGUAUUGUUCUGUUAGUUUAAAAUACGAUUUUUAAUGACGGCAAUAUUCAAAGUACAACACGUUUUUUGAAAUAAAUAAGAGUAAAGAAACACAUAGUGUGUUGCUCUACUAGGAUAGAAGCCAAAUUUCUUGACAUAGAAACAAGUUAAGUAACGAACCACAUAUUUUCAUUAAUCUAUCCUUA